AUGUUCAGCGCCCUCCCAGCUUACACCCGCAACAGAAGCCGAUUAUUUCUCCACACUACCCGAUCUAGUUUCAGCCUUUUCACCGUCCCGCCUUCUUUACCACCACGGCCGCCGCCACCGCAAACCCCUCUCGCCUUUAGGUCACAGAACGCCAAACUUCCCUUAAUAAUCCCACGCCCGGCCGACCACAUCUCGUUUCCGGAGUUCAGAAGAUUCUCGCUUCUAGAGACAAGCGGCAGACCUAUCUUGCCAAUUGCUUCCGAUUCGAGUCAUAUUGGAGAUUUUUACGAGUCCUUGGUUCGUCGAUAUCAGGACUCAUCUUCGCCCAAGGAUGCGGACAGGUUUCAUCUGGGUUUGCUCAAACACGGGUUCAAUGGUGAUUUGUUCCUGUGCAAUACCCUUAUCAAUGUUUAUGUCAGAGCUGGCCGUUUGGAUACCGCCCGGAAGUUAUUCGACGAAAUGCCUGACCGAAAUGGCAUCACUUGGGCUUGUUUGAUUACUGGAUAUACCCAGAAUGGUAUGCCCGAAGAGGCUUGUAAGACAUUUAAAGGGAUGGUUUGCGAAGGAUUUCAGCCAAAUCGCUUUGCUAUCGGGAGUGCAUUUCGAGCUUGCCAGGCGACUGGUACAGAAGGGAUUAAACUCGGCAUGCAGAUUCAUGGCUGGAUUCUAAAGUCUCCUCAUGAACACGAUGCAGUUCUCUCCAACGUUUUGAUAUCGAUGUACGGAAGCAGCAUCCAGGCAGAACAUUUUGAAAGCGCUCGUCGUGUAUUUGAUGAGAUGAAAGUUAGGAAUUCUGUAUCAUGGAACUCCAUCAUAUCAGUUUACUCGCAACGUGGGGAUUCUGUCUCUGCUUUUGAACUAUUCUCCAACAUGCAAAAAGAUUCCGGAUUUGGCUCCAAUCCCAACGAGUAUACCUUAGGAAGUUUGAUCACUGUUGCUUGUUCUUCCAGCUCAUCUUUGCUGGAGCAGAUUCUUGUCAGGGUUGAAAAAUCAGGCUUUCUGUCAGAUCUCUACGUGGGCAGUGCUUUGGUGAGUGGGUUUUCUAGGUCUGGAGUUUUCGAUUAUGCUAGGAAGAUUCUGAAGCAGAUGACCACUCGCAGUUUCGUCUCCAUGAACGGAUUAAUGGUUGGACUGGUUCGGCACAAAUGCGGAGAACAAGCAGCUGAAGUGUUCACUGAAAUGAGAAGCUCAGUCGAUAUAAAUCUCGAUUCAUAUGUUAUACUGUUGAGUUCUUUUCCCGAGUUCUCUACAAUAGAGGAAGGAAGAAGAAAGGGUCGAGAAGUUCAUGGAUGCGUGAUCCGAAAUGGGUUCAACGAAAUCAAGGUCUCAAUAGGUAAUGGCCUUAUCAACAUGUAUUCCAAAUGCGCUGAUAUUUUUAACGCCAGAUCAGUGUUUGACCUCAUGUUGAACAAAGAUUCAGUAUCAUGGAACUCCAUGAUUUCUGGGCUUGACCAGAACGAGUGUUUUGAAGAUGCAGUAGACGGAUACCGCCAAAUGAGAAGGACCGGUUUAAAGCCGUCGAAUUUUGCAUUUAUUAGUGCUUUGAGUUCAUGCGCAAGCUUGAGUUGGAUCAUGCUAGGACGACAGUUACACGGCGAAGUGAUAAAAUUCGGACUUGAACUCGACGUUUCAGUUUCGAAUUCCCUUCUUGCACUAUAUGCUGAAACUGGUUAUCUUGCUGAAUGUCAGAAGGCCUUCUUGUUGAUGCCAGAUCUCGAUCUGGUCUCGUGGAACACCGCAAUUGGAGCAUAUGCUAAUUCAGACACUUUGGCUUCUAACUCGGUAGAAACUUUCCUGGAAAUGAUGAGAGCUGGAUGGAAUCCCAACAGAGUAACCUUCAUCAACAUCCUCACUGCAGUCUCAUUUCUCUCCCUUAAUGAACUCACCCCUCAAAUCCACGUCAUGUUGCUGAAACGCCACAUGGCUGAUGACUUGGCUUUAGAAAACGGCCUGUUGGCUUCCUAUGGCAAAUGUGGAGAGAUGAACGACUGUGAGAAGAUCUUCUUGAGAAUAUCGAAUCGAAGAGAUGAAGUCAGCUGGAACUCGAUGAUUUCUGGUUACAUCCACAACGAGAUGCUAUCGGAAGCCAUGGAUUUGGUCUGUUCCAUGAUGCAGACGGGUCAACGGUUGGACCGGUUCACCUUUGCCACCGUUCUCAGUGCUUGUGCUUCCAUCGCCACACUGGCACAUGGUGCAGAAGUCCAUGCUGCUGCAUUGAGAUCUUGUCUGGAGUCCGAUGUAGUCAUUGGAAGUGCUCUGGUAGACAUGUACUCGAAAUGUGGUAGAGUUGACUAUGCAUCAAGAUUCUUCAACUCGAUGCCCGUUAGGAAUUUAUACUCGUGGAACUCGAUGAUAUCGGGGUAUGCUCGACAUGGGCACGGUGAAAAAGCUCUGGAUCUGUUUUCACAGCUCGAAGCUCUAGGUGGGUUGCUUCCUGAUCACGUCACCUUCGUUGGAGUGUUAUCAGCUUGUAGCCAUGUUGGACUGGUUGAUUUAGGGUUUGGCCAUUUCACCUCGAUGACCGAGAAAUACAGAUUGAAACCUCGAAUCGAGCAUUAUUCCUGCAUGGCAGAUCUCCUAGGAAGAGCAGGGCAGCUUGAAAAGUUGGAGAAUUUCAUCAACUCAAUGCCGAUGAAGCCCAAUACUCUGAUCUGGAGGACGGUUCUAGGCGCCUGUGGUCGAUCAAAUGGUCGGAAGACCGAGCUAGGGAAGAGAGCCGCCAUAAUGCUAAUGGAGAUGGAGCCCGAUAACGCAACAAACUAUGUACUUAUGUCAAACAUGUAUGCAUCAGGAGGGCAAUGGGAUGAAGUGGCAAGGUCCAGAAGGGCAAUGAGAGAUGCCUUGGUGAAGAAGGAAGCAGGGUGUAGUUGGGUGUCGAUGAAAGACAGGGUCCACGUGUUUGUGGCCGGAGACAAGUUUCAUCCGGAGAUGGAUUCGAUAUACGAGAAGUUGAAGGAGUUGAAGGGGAAGAUGAAGGAUGCAGGGUAUGUUGCAGAGACGGGGUUUGCUUUCUAUGAUGUUGACCUGGAGAGCAAGGAAGAGUUGUUGAGUUAUCAUAGUGAGAAGCUUGCUGUGGCAUUUGUUUUGAGUCGUGGUGGAGGGAAGGCACCGAUUAGGGUUAUGAAGAAUCUGAGGGUUUGUGGUGAUUGUCACACUGCUCUGAAGUUGAUAUCGAAGAUUGAAGGAAGGCAGAUUGUGAAAGGAGCUUGUGCCUACAAAGCCAUUGAGCAACAUAAAUUGGACGACAACAAUGCCCAUGCGGAGACUGGAAGUGCUGCCUUAGAUAAGCAUGUUGCUUUGCUCUACUCGUAUAAAGGAUCCUGGUCAAUGGCUUAUGUUCGAGGGUGCUUUCUGGCUCUUACGUCGGCUCCCGAGUUCUCACAGUCGUGCGAAUUGUUCUUGAAAAGGAUUCUGAAUGGACAGUCAUGUUUGCAAGUGUUCUUUGAGCAGCACGAAAUUGUGAUGUCCAUGCAAUAUGGAGCACAAGAACUUCCAGAUGGGUCAUAUCUCGUACAAUAUUUUAAGAAAAUGGAUAGCGAAUAUUUAAGCUCCCAGAAAAAUACUUCCCAGUCCGCUGGAGGAGCUCUGCGGAAGCAGAUCACAAUGCUGAAAGCAACAGUGAUGACUGAUGAGUGUGUUCAACCCUUCCUUUUUCUUGCUGCAUCUCUACCGACCGAUCAGUGUAUCCGAAGCAAAGAUCGGUUUAGUUAUGUUCAUAGGAAGAUUUCAGCACUACUUAAUCGUGUUCGAAGCAUGCCAGCUGGAGAAGUUUUGCUUCUCAAUGUUGCUGCUAUAGUCGAGGAUGACCUGUAA